GACCUCCGAUCUGAAAUGGAGGCGUGGACGGGACGCAUGCGCAAUAUGUCCACAACUCCACACAAACGAGACAUCAACAAGAAGCGGGUUUGUGAGGCGGCUUGGUUUUCAUAAUAGUGACAUUGUAACGACGACUUAACAAAAUAAACAUUCGGAAUAACUUCAGGCAUUUGCAACAAGAUGUUCGGCUUCCAUAAGCCGAAGAUGUACCGAAGUCUGGACGGAUGUUGCAUCUGCCGCGCCAAGUCGUCCAGCUCGCGCUUCACUGACAGCAGGCGCUACGAGAAGGACUUCACGAGCUGCUUCGGGCUGAGUGAGAGUAGGACGGGAGAUAUCUGUAACGCCUGCGUGCUGCUGGUGAAACGGUGGAAGAAGCUGCCUGUUGGUUCGAAGAAGAACUGGAACCAUGUGGUCGACGCCAGAGGAGGCCCCAGCCUCAAGAUCUCCUCCAGGCCCAAGAAGACCAAGUCCCUGUUGAAGAAGGCCCGGCCCAGACAGAUCAGCAGGCUGCAGAAGGAGCUGAAGAGAAACAACUCGGACGCCCACAGCACUACCUCCAGCACCUCCCCCGCCCAGUCCCCCAGCUACAGCAACCUGUCUGACGAGGGCUCAGACACGGACAUCGGCCCCGGGUCCAGCCAGCCCCCGGUCUUCUCCUUCCUGGACCUGACCUACUGGAAGAGACAAAAGGUGUGCUGCGGAAUCAUCUACAAGGGUCGUUUUGGGGAGGUGCUGAUCGACCCCCACCUCUUCAAACCCUGCUGCCGUAAGCAGCAGCGGCCGACGCCCCCCGCACCGCAGGGGGCGGGGGCGGGGUACCUGGAGGACGAGGAGGAGGAGGAGGAGGAGGAGGAGGAGGUGGACGUGGAGGAGGCGUCAGUGAGCGAGGUUACUGCAGAAAGAUCCAUGCCCAAGGAUGGUUUGGAGGAGGUGUUGAAAGGGGCGUUGGAGGAGGAGGUGGUGGUGGUGAAGGAGGAGGUGGUGGUGGUGAAGGAGGAUGAGCUGAACACCGGCACCAUGCAGCUGCUCCUUGCUGCCGUUUAACCUCCCCCCUUCAGUCAACCGGAGGAGGAGCAGGGAGGAGCAGGAGUUGGUGAUUUAGGAGCCCCUUAGUGCACAUUUUUUGAGGACAUCUUGGGAUGCUUCUUUGGUUCAGCACUUACAGAGAAGUCACCACAGUUGGCCUUUAGUCGCUGGGCAGCUGAAAACGUUAUUUCUUAGUCAUGUUUUCACCAUUUGUUUGUUGAUCUAUAUUGUUGAUGUGUAAGUUAUUGAAUUUUUCCUUAUCUCAACCAUUGAUUCUUUAUAUGAACUAUUCUUCCCGUCCUGGUCGAGCAUCGUCAUCCUGGUGCUACCUCCGACCAAAUGCUGAAACUUUACUUUGCUGGUACAAUGGAAAUGUUAAAAAUGCUAUUAAUCCAUGCUUUAGGAAAGUAGAGGGUGGGCAAAAGCGAUUUAAAAAAAAAAAAAAAAAAAACAGAAUCUCAAAUGGUUCUGUGGCAGAUGUAUGGUGCGUCCGUCAUAUUUUAUAU